AUGAGCGCCGACGUUAUUCUCACCUCCGCGGGCUACGAUCGCACGAUACGCUUCUGGGAGGCCUGGAGCGGUGGAUGCUCACGGACAAUUCACCACUCAGAUUCCGUCAAUAGGCUCGCUAUCAGCCCAGACAAAAAAUUUCUAGCCUCCGCAGGCUAUACCUCUGUAAAACUUUACGAUAUCAAUAGCAGCGACCCAAACCCGAUACAAUCAUUUAACGGACACACUGCAAACGUUACUGCAGUCGUUUUCCAGGCUGAGGGGAAGUGGAUUGCGACUGGUAGUGAGGAUGGUACAGUCAAGAUUUGGGACACGAGAACAUCUCAUGUACAGCGGGCUUUCGAUCAUCCAUCGCCAGUCAACGACGUUGUCAUACACCCAAACCAAGGAGAGAUCAUCUCCUGCGACCAAGCUGGAAGCGUUAAAGUCUGGGAUUUGGGUGAGAACACCUGCAGCCAUGAACUUGUACCCGAAGAAGACGUGCCCAUUCGCUCAGUCACUAUUGCUUCUGACGGCAGCUCGCUCGUCGCUGGAAACAACAAAGGUAAUUGCUUUGUCUGGAAGAUACGCGCCGAUCAGGAAUACGAAGCCUCAGAAUUCACUCCAAUAACGAAGCUGCCUGCUCACAGUAGGUAUAUCACAAAAUGUAUACUCUCCCCCGAUACCAAGCAUCUUGCUACUUGUUCUGCCGAUACAACGAUUAAGAUUUGGUCGACCCAUAAUUACGACUUCAGGUUGGAAAAGGUGCUCACCGGCCAUCAGAGAUGGGUAUGGGAUGCUGCUUUCUCCGCUGACUCAGCCUAUCUCGUCUCUGCAUCCUCAGACCACUCCGCGAGGUUAUGGGAACUCGCUAGCGGUGACACUGUGAGGCAGUACAACGGCCAUCAUAAGGCAGCAAUAGCCAUCGCACUCAACGACGUCAACCUUGCUACCUAG